CCCCUCACUACUGUCUAUGUAGGUGCACUACAGAGGGAUGUGGAAUAACGGUGUUCUGUAGACUAUGUAGUUUACUACAUGUUCAAUAAAACUCUUUUAUUUUACGACCCAGGCAUUGGUAAGGAAAACUGUUCGCUCAAUGCGUAAACAUUGCAAGGAGACAUGAAUGAGGACGCGUUCGAGGUCCCUGCAAGGAACGAGUACCGCUACCUCGUUCAGGAUGAGGCUGAAGAGGAGGUCCAAUAUGCCCGCCGCUACUACGUUAGCCCGUUCCUGCAAGUAUCCCGCAGAUGUAUGUUUUUGAUUGGCUGUGGCAUUCUUGCCCUUCUCACUCUCGCCGCAUACCUGGCUUACGUGGCUCAGACUCCACCCCGUGCUUAUGCUCAGGUGCAUACCGACUGUGGUUUGCUGCAUGGACGAUGGGCAGACGGUGCCUAUUCCUUCAAAGGUAUCCCGUAUGCUGUGCCACCUGUCGGCGAACACCGCUGGAAUCCUCCAGCAGACCUGAAAGCAAAUGGAAAGUGCUGGGAUGGCAUUUACGAUGCCACACAUUUUCGUGGUAUUUGUGCCCAGGUGCGACCUCUCGGGAAACAUGGGCACGUGAUGGGACAAGAGGACUGCCUGCACUUGAACAUCUGGACACCUAGCCUGCUGCCUGCUGCUGCCUUGCCCGUCAUGGUGUGGCUCCAUGGUGGAAACUUGCACAUGCUGAGCGGGCAGGAAAAAGGCUACUCACCCACCGAGGAACUGGCGAGAAGAACACAAACUGUGUUUGUCAGUCUGAACUACAGGCUUAAUGCAUUCGGCUUCAUGGCUCUGGAGCUACUGAGAAAAAGUUCUCCUACCAACACCUCAGGGAACUACGGCUUCAUGGACCAGAUUCAGGCUCUUCGUUGGGUUCAGAAAAACAUCGAUGUGUUCGGUGGAGAUCCAAAGAAAGUCACCAUAUUUGGAGAAACUUCAGUAUGGGCUUUGAUGAACUCACCUCAAGCUAAGGGUCUGUUUCAUCGUGCAAUCGGAAUGAGUUCCUCGUUCGUGUCUAACACCUCGUUGGACUCAGCCGAAAGAGACAACCUCGUGUUCUUGAAGAGAACAGGCUGCCAAGAUGCCACGUGCCUUCGAAAGCUCAACAUAACUCAGAUCCUCCAGGCCAUUCCAUGGGAGGAAUACCCAUCUUGGGCAAAACAGGGACAAGAAGACAUCCCUAUUAAAGGGAAUACAUAUGGUCCAGUUGCAGUUGUGGAUGGUCAUGUUCUCUCCACACAUUCAUUUAAAGCUUGGAAGAAGGGUGGAUUUUACAAUGACGUUCCAUUCGUGGUUGGGACAACAGAGCAAGAAACUGACUUCAGUCCCCCGAUGAAGAACAUCUCUACCUGGACAUGGGGCGACUACCAGUGGUUUGUAUCAGAGAAUCUGACACCAUUUGGAAACGAUGUGCUAUCUCAGGCACUGAGGCUUUACAACAGUUCUGCCCCAUGUCCGACCAAUGACCGCUGUCCUGAAAGACUUUACACUACUUUAGUGUCAGAUAUGCGAGCCAGCUGCCCCAGCAACCACCUCGCCACCCAAGCUGCAGAUGCUUUGAAGAGCCCUCUGUACCGCUACCUGGUGACCUAUACACCAUCCAAAGAAGCCAAUUCAUCCACAUGGCUCCCUUAUCCAAGCCGCUUCUCCUUCCACAUGAUCGACAGCUUGGCAUUCUUCGGUGGCCUCGACAUGGCACUCGGCACAACGACAUCUAAAGACAAAGCUUUUCAGCAAACACUCACCAAAUAUUUCAUCCAGUUCGCGAAAGAAGGUAAAAUGCCAGAAGACUGGCCAGAGUUCCCGUCCCAGACUGCGAUGCUGAACGAGACUCUUUCUCUGGCACCGAAUCCUUUAGCAGAGCGAUGUGCUUUGUGGGAAAAGAACAGCUUUUAUUCAUAUGCCUGGAUAAACUAAUGUGGUUUGUUGGACACUAAAGAUCCCAAGCUUCAGUAAACAAACACGCACCAACCCUAAGCAGCUACAAGUCGUCGUCUUGUAUUUUUGUGUCGCAUUUCUAACUCUACUUAAUUGGCCAAAAACAUGCAGGGAGGAAGAAUUUUAUUUGCACUGAAAGUCAAGCAUAUUUUUGUUUGUUUUGUUUUGUAAUUAUUAAUAAUCAUUUAAAAAAGCAGUAAGAGAACAUACAUAGUGUUGAAUAAGUAGAAAACUUGCUUGACUUUGCAAAACUCAUUAAUGUAUGCUUUCUUAGGGGCUGCACAAUAACGUCAACAAUCCUUUAAACGUAUAAGUCUUUAAAUCAAAAGGACACAGCGCACCUCAUUUAGAAAGCUGGAAACGAACCGACUUAUUCCUGAAUCGUUCAUAGAAGCAGUUACAUAAGAAAUUUAGUACUGUAUAAGAAAUACAGUAUUCAGGAAAAUCUUGUCAUUUCAGAACAUUUCAAUCAUUUUUUUCUUUUCAUCGAUCGGUACAAAUGAUGAAUUAGAUCUGUUGAUUGCAUUUAGGUGUUAUAAAUACACAUUUCUCUUCCCUUCGUCUUGAAGGGUGGCUUGCUUUUGUUUUCUGUGAGAAGAGAGAUCAGGUUCCUGACCCUUCCUGAAUGGAGGCUGUGAUUAGAGAAGCAUUCUGUAGGCUUGGGCUGUGUGCUUACCUGUUACUCCUCAUUCUGUCACAAUGAUUGGACAGGUUGACUUCGAUAUGUGCGAAAUGACUAGAUGAAAGGUUGUCGUCGAAAGAGGCCUCAUGAAAGCGUGGACGUGUGUAGACCUACAUCAAAGCCCUGAUUCUUGCAUUUUGUGCAGCAGCAGCUUCAUGGGGUCAGAAGCGACACCAAUUUUUUAUUAUUUUUUUUAUUAUUAUUUCCACUGUGACUUACUAACUGCUGUGCUUUCACUGUUAUAUAUAUAUAUAGGUUUUAUACACAAUGAAGUCAAAUGAUUGCAUUUUGGAGGUCAGCUUUUAUUUACAUAAAACUUUUAUUUUUUCCACUGAUCUACAAUAAACACCUGUUUUCAGGUGAAGUCGAA